UACCCCUCCACGAGCCAGCGGGAGGUGGGAGGUCCUGUUACGCACACAGUCAGUCUAGAUGUAAACAAACCCUGUAUUUCAUGUCCCAAGUCGCGAGAUGACAACUACAGAUGAAACAGUGCCUUCAGAUGAGGAAGGGGGAGAAGCCCUCGAAGCUGAACAUGUCUACAUCUUAAUGAAAAAAGAGUAUCGGAUAUCCCGAAAUGUUCGUGCCGAGUGGUAUUUGCAGCGAAUAAAUUCUGUGAUAACAGUGCCAAGAAGGGAGAAAUUAAGUGACUGUGAGGAGGAGCUUGAAGUUGUAUCCGUGAUUCCUUUGGAUGUGCCCCGAGAAUGGGACUAUGACACAUCACAUUUGUAUAAGUACCGCAUCACUCAACGAACUACCCUGCACUUCCUCUCAAGAAAAUACAGACUUGUAUUCUGCCUGGAUCUCUCUCCAUCCACAUCAAUUGUGGAUGUGACGAAGGGCAGUGUUGUUCUGGAUGAAGUAUUUAGCACCUUGAAACAAUGUCUGAAGGGCAUAGUGCGGCCGUUUUAUGUGCCAGGAAGUCAGUUACUAUUCCAGCCGAAGGUUUAUUUGACCAUCAUUGCACACACGCCAUUUUUCAAGUCCCAGUCACAGCAGGUUCUGGUGCAGGGAUGGCUUCUGAUGCUACACAACCUAGAUGCUUUCCUUGACAGCAUACAUGCAAAACUCACGAUGCUGGAAACGCAGUUGGCUGAGGCCACUGCACAGACAUAUGACCAAAUGGAUAUUGCUCGGGAUCAGUCCCAGCAGGCGAGAGAAAAGGUCACAGGGAUGCUUUUUGAUGAGACUGUUGACUUGGGUCCCACAACGGUCUCCAACCCCAUGGUAUCACCCGACAUUGGUUUUGUCAACAUGCUGCGUUAUGGUAUUGUUGCUCUCCAGCUACUACCAGAGAACAGUAGUGCAGGUAUUGUUGUGAUCACAGACGGUGUGAUUAGUCUACCAGAUGCAACCAUGUUUGACAUCCUACUGGUCCAGUUGCGAAACCAGACCAUUGCAUGCAGUUUUCUCCAGCUUGGUUCUGUCUACCAUCCUCAGGCAUCUCUAGGAUAUGUGCCUUUCUCUGACCUUAUGCACUUCCUGGCAACGGCAACUUGUGGUGCUUACUUGGAUACCCUACCUCCAAUUGAAGAGGAUUAUGUGUACCAUAUGAAUGACUACCACAAGGCAUUAUUAUCGUGGGGCUUCCAGAAGUUCAUGAAUGGACUUUCACCUGAUAAUGGAUACUAUGGAAAUAAUAGGUUUUUCAAUUUACAACCAAUCGCUCAGGAGGCAACAGAACUCAUCAGGAAGAAAGAAAGAGACACACAGUUGAACACAUCCCUCAACGCUGUUCUCUCAUGUCGUUUAAGGGAAGGUUAUGCAAUCAAGCAAGUGAACAUAGCUGAUGAUCAAAUACAGCUGAUCCUAGUUCUGCCCUGGAAAUACUCAAUAUUCAUAGAAUAUCAUAUAAGAGCAGCUUGGCCACCAACACAGUCCACAGUCUAUACAGAAGUAUGGAUUGAGGCUACAUAUCAGUUCCUGAAUGAUGUAACCAAUGACAUAAACAGGCAGUUUCGAUCCAAGUACAGGCAGCGCAUGGUUGCUAAGUAUUGGACUACCCUACAGCACCUUCGAGAAACUGACAUGCUGCUAGUGGGGCUCCAGUCCUUUGCAUCUAGUCCUACAUUUUACACCAUACCUGACUGUGUGAAAAAUGGGUACCCAGUCUUUGAUUUGAACCCUGGCAACAACAACCCCAUCUCAGCUGCUGCUAGUGACCAGUUUCCCCAGUUUACAAACUUCUGGAAGCCAGUGUGUAUGCUUGAUAUCAAUAUCUGGCAGAAGUGGAUGCAUACUCACCGCAUAGGAGUUAUUGUAGAGCAUGACCAUCCGUUACCCAAGAACCUCCAUGUCCUCCAUGUCACUAGCACCAGUGGCAGAUAUGGAAUGGUACAGUGCCGUCAAGGAGAGCUGGCUCUCACUACGCUACUUGCCAAAUGGUGUGACUUUGUACUGAUUGAAAAUCAUUCCUACAUAAAAUUCUUGUACAAGGAUGAUGAUCGAGAGAAGCCACCCAUGUCUUUCUUUGUGGUUCGCAUAACAUCGAAACCUCCCCCUUGUCUUGUUAUUUGGCUGGCUUUCCUCGGAGGAACAGCUGGUCACCUUAGGAAUCAGACUGUUGGACAGCUGACCAAGAAAAUCCAAGAGUUGACGUAUCCUUCUCGUAUGGGUUUUACAGACAGGAGCAAGUCUCUUACUCCUGUCCCACAGCAGGAUAAGGAUAAUGAAUGCGGGGCACCAGUCAUGACGGCCUCUGCAGAGCUGAGACCUGUUGGAGUGCGUCCCCCUCUGACUAGAGUGGCGUCCAACAUCCCCUGUGUGGUCAUCACGCACAAGCCUAUUGAGAAAAUCCUGAUAUGGUAUGAGAAGAUGCCAAGCAACCUACUGAGUAGCAUUGUUCAAGAGACUCCCAUAAGUCCUUCAACCAAGUCAAUCUAUGCUAAACUGGGCACCACAAAGUCAGCCACCAACAACAUGGCUCUCCUGUCUCGCUACCUGCACCAUAGGAGAUGGAUUUGGUCAGUGCAGGCACCAAAUGCACCGUCUGUCUCACUGAAUGCUGUGGCGAGAGUUUUGCAUACUCUCACCAGGAUAAGACUACAAGAAGGCUUCAAGUUUGCACAUUCUUGCAAUGGAAUCAUCACUAUGGUUCGAGAAUUUGACAUGAAACUGGAGCUUCGAGAGGGUGAAGAUGAGGGAUUAUUAGAAUCCACUGAGGAAGGCGGACAGGAGACCUUCCCUUGUGUGGCGCAGUAUGUCAUUUUCCCGCCACAUAUCACCAAUAGCUCCAGGGACAGCAUUGUAGAUGAAGAUUGGGAAGAAGGGGACAGCAUUGAAGCUGAUGGAGAGUUGCAGGUUGUGACUGAGUGUUGGGUGGAGCCGCAAAAUGGGGCGGUUACAACACCCUCGCCUCAUGCCUCCCAUUACCACAACUGCAACUAUCGGCAGCUUGCACAAGCA